UGGCAGUUCCAUAUCCAAAUAUGCAAAAUUCUAGAGGGAGGCCUUCUGAAGUCAAUAAGCUAAAUAAACUAGUGGAACAGAUGCAAUACUGAGCAACCCUGAGGAAGCUUUCUUUCCUUUUUGUUAGCUAAAAGUUACUACAUUUUUCUUGGGCUCCGAAGUCUACCUGGAUUGUGGUGUUUAAUAUGAGGCAGCUGCUGACUGUGCCCCAAAGCAACUGAAGCUAAAGAAUUAUCCUUUCUAAAGGCAUCCCACCUGAGUGUCACAAAGAUGUGCAGCUGAAACCAGGCCUGCCUUCUGUAUAUAAAGGAAUCUGGGCAGGAGACCCACUGGCUCUUGGGAGAGGAGGUGGAGAGCUUCCAGCCGGCGGGAACUCCUGGUAGCAUCAUGUGGCUGCCGCAGUGCGUCUUGCUGUGUGCAUCAUUAUCUCUUGCUCUGAGUGGCCAGCAUAAGCCUGAGGCAUCAGAUUAUUCCAGUGUGCUCCAUUGUGGACUGGGGAGCUUCCAGUUUACUGUAAACCUCAGCCAGGAGGCAGCGUCUCCUCCGGUACUAAUAUCUUGGGACAAGCAAGGGCUGUUGCACAAGCUGCAGAAUGACUCUGACUGUGGCACCUGGAUAAGAAAGGGUCCGGGCAGCUCUGUGGUGUUGGAAACAAGCUACAGCAGCUGCUUUGUCACUGAGUGGGACUCCCAUUACAUCAUGGCAGUCGGACUUGAAGGAGCAGGUGCAGCUAAACACAAGACAGUCACAGAGAGGAAGCUGCUUAAGUGUCCCAGGGAUCUUCUAGCCCGAGAUGCUCCAGGUACUGACUGGUGUGGGUCCAUCCCAGCCGGGGACAGGCUGCCAUGUGCACCUUCACCCAUCUCUCGAGGAGACUGUGAGAAACUGGGCUGUUGUUACAGCCCUGGAGAGGUGAAUUCCUGCUACUAUGGAAACACUGUGACUUUGGACUGUACCCGAGAGGGCCACUUCUCUAUCGCUGUGUCUCGGAACGUGGCCUCGCCACCGCUGCUGUUGGAUUCUGUGCACUUGACCUUGAAUGACAGUGUAUGUAAGCCUGUGAUAGCAACGCAAGCCUUCGUCCUGUUCCGCUUUCCAUUUACUUCCUGUGGUACUACAAAACAGAUCACUGGAGACCAAGCAGUAUAUGAAAAUGAACUGGUGGCAACCAGAGACGUGAAAAACGGGAGCAGUGGCUCUGUCACUCGUGACAGCAUCUUCAGGCUCCGUGUCAGCUGCAGCUACUCAGUAAGUAGCAGCUCUCUCCCAGUCAACGUCCAGGUUUUCACUCUCCCACCGCCCUUUCCUGAGACCCAGCCUGGACCCCUCACUCUGGAACUUCAGAUUGCCAAAGAUAAAAACUAUGGAUCCUACUAUGGUGUUGGUGACUACCCAGUGGUGAAGGUGCUUCGGGAUCCCAUUUACGUGGAGGUCUCCAUCCUUCACAGAACAGACCCCUACCUAGGGCUGUUGCUGCAUCAGUGCUGGGCAACACCCAGCACAGACCCCCUGAGUCAGCCACAGUGGCCCAUCCUGGUAAAGGGAUGCCCCUACACUGGAGACAACUAUCGGACCCAGCUGAUCCCAGUCCAGAAAGCCUUGGAUCUGCCCUUUCCCUCACACCACCAGCGCUUCAGCAUCUUCACCUUCAGCUUUGUGGACCCUACAGCUGUGAAGCAGGCCCUUAGGGGACCGGUGUAUCUGCACUGCAGCGUGUCAGUCUGCCAGCCUGCUGAGACACUGUCCUGUGUGGUAACCUGCCCUGAUCUCAGCCGAAGAAGAAGAAAUUCUGACACCAGUUUUCAGAGCACUACCGCUAAUGUUUCUAGCAAAGGCCCCAUGAUUCUACUCCAAGCCACUAAGGACUCUCCAGAAAAGCUCCGUGUUCCUGUGGACUCGAAACUUCUGUGGGUGGCAGGUCUUACUGGGACCUUGAUCCUUGGAGCCUUGUUAGUAUCCUACUUGGCUAUCAGGAAACGGAUGAAUUACCCCAACCAAAUGUGUCAAUAAAACCAGAUUGUACCCC